AUGGCUGCCCGGGCCUCGUGCGAGCCCAGGUUGGCGACCAGCACGUCCAGAAAAUGUAUGCGGCCUUCAAAACUGACAAUAGAAGACUUAGGCCCAGAAAGCAAGAGCAUUCAAAGACGCAAGUUGUCACAGAAUCUGAAGCCACUGUCCCUUGGGCUGUCCAUCGGGGGCUACCUUUCCCCAUGGCCCAACUACACCAGUGGCCAGACUAUUCUGUAUAAUAGAAAGCCCUGUUCAAUGGAUAAGCAGCAAAAAAAUGUCCAGGAACAGAAACCUCUCGGCAUCACCAAGCCAAGGUAUCUGGAGAAGCUAGAAAACUACCUCCGCAAGGAGCUGCUUCUGCUGGACCUGAGCACUGACUCAGCUGAGGAGCUGCGGCUGCAGCCUUACCGAGAGAUCUUCGAGUUCUUCAUAGAGGACUUCAAAACCUACAAGCCCCUGCUGACGUCCAUCAAGAAAGCAUAUGAGGGAAUGCUGGCCCACCAGAGGGAGAAGAUUCGGUCUCUGGAGCCCCUGAAAGCCAAGCUUGUCACUACGAAUGAGCACUGCAGUGAGAAGAUCCUGGCCAUGAGGGCUGAGGAGAAAUCGGAAAUCUCUGUGCUGAAGAACGAAAAGAUAAAUUUGCUAAAGCUCAUUGACAAGAAAAAUGAGGAGAAAGUGGCACUUCAAACUGAGGUGUUUAAACUGAGAAAGAACUUGGCUGAGGAGUACAUGCGUUACCUCAGCGAGCGAGAUGCCCGCAAGAUCCUCCUAGCUGACCUGAAUGAGCUUCGGUACCAGCGCGAGGACAUGUCCCUGGCCCAGGCCCCUGGUGUCUGGGGGGAGGACCCUGUGAAGUUGACCCUGGCUCUGAAGAUGGCUCGACAAGACCUGACCCGCACACAGAUGGAACUCAACACCAUGAAAGCCAACUUUGGGGAUGUCGUACCCAGGAGGGACUUUGAAAUGCAAGAGAAGAUCAACAAGGAUCUGCAGGAGCAGCUGGAAAGCCUGCAAGGCGAUUAUGAAGAGGUCUGCAAGGAGCAUGAGAUCCUGCUGCAGCUGCACAUGAGCACACUGAAGGAGCGGGAUCAGUUCUAUACUGAGCUGCAGGAGAUCCAUCAAACCUCCACGCCACGGCCCGACUGGACCAAGUGUGAAGCUGUGGUAUCUGGGGGCCAAGAUCGCUGGCUGAUACUGGCCGAGGGCAAGAACAGUGACCAGCUGGUGGAUGUACUCCUAGAGGAGAUUGGCGAGGGGCUGCUACGGGAGAAAGACUUCUUCCUUGGUCUGGGCUAUGGAGCUAAUGUCCCCUCUUUCCUUCGGUUUGAUGGCCGGGUAGAGAACAAGAAGUCCAGCAAGAAGGAAGUGUUGGCUCUCAUCAAAGACAUUUGGAAGGAACGUCUUGCAGAAGAGAGGUUCUGGUCCUUCCCUGUCCUGCAGAAAGGGUCAUUCUCAGAUUUCUUCUUCAAUUUCCUGGAGCAACGCUUUGGGCCCAGUGAGGCUAUGGCCUGGGCUUACACUAUAUUUGAACAUGUCAAGCUCAUCCAGUCCAAUGAAAUCAUGAGUCAGUUCUAUGCAAUCUUGAUAGGAAAGAGGAGUGAGAGUGUCUUCAUCAGGCAGCAGGAGACGCUCGCACAGCUGCAGCGGGAGAUGAUGAGCAUGGACCACCAGGGUGAAGGUGUUUUGACCAUGGAACAGUUAAGCUCUGUCAUCAAGAGCACCUUCCCCCUCAAAAGGGAAGAGAGAAUACAGGAGUUGAUGGCAACAGUGGGCUGGAAUCCCAAAAGCAGUACUGAAGACUCGAUCAACUACCAUUCUUUAUUUACAGAGAACGAAGAGGGCCAGAGUCCACACUUUGUGCAGAAGAUCUGGGAACAGUAUAUGGAUGAAAAGGCAGAGUACUUGGACGAGCUCAAGCAGGAACUAGGCCUGGAACUCACCAGUGCAGUGACCCCAACCAAGGUCCGUGAAGCUCUAAUGAGCAUAGAUCCCAGCCUGGACAAGCAGACCCUGGAUAGCUAUUUGAGCCAAGCCUUCCAGAUCUCCAUAACAGAACUGGCUGAGAGUGAUCAGAAGGAAGAGAAAGAGAUUUCUCUCGAGACGGCACUGGAGCACCUUCGGGUGAUUGACUUUAUACGCACAGUGCCCCGAGAGCAGGAGUCUGCAAUGAAGGUCACUAUGGGCAACUCUCUUACUGCUAACCUCUGA